GUCCAGCCGCAGUCACUGUGAACUGGCCUGGAACGCUGUAGCUGAUUGUGUGGGGCUGCUUUUGCCACUGCCUGCCUGCUUCAUGCGUGCUCUCUAAGAAAUAGCAGCUAGAAGACUAACAGCCCUUCUGAGCACACUGUUGGCACUUGACAACUGUAGAUAACCAAGACGAUGGCUGCCAGCAAGAACAAGAACCAGAGUUCUAUGGCCCUGCACAAAGUAAUCAUGGUUGGCAGUGGAGGUGUGGGCAAAUCAGCACUUACACUUCAGUUCAUGUAUGAUGAGUUUGUAGAAGACUAUGAACCUACGAAGGCUGACAGUUAUAGAAAGAAAGUAGUUCUGGAUGGGGAUGAAUUCCAGAUAGACAUUCUGGAUACAGCGGGACAGGAGGAUUAUGCAGCUAUUCGAGACAACUACUUCCGCAGUGGGGAGGGGUUUCUCCUUGUCUUCUCAAUAACCGAAUAUGAAUCCUUUACAGCAACAGCAGAGUUAAGGGAACAGAUCCUGCGUGUGAAGGCUGAAGAGGACAAAAUCCCUUUGCUUGUGGUGGGAAAUAAAUCUGAUCUGGAGGAGCGGAGGCAGGUGCCUGUAGAGGAGGCCAGAAGUAAAGCAGAGGAGUGGGGUGUGCAGUAUGUAGAAACUUCUGCCAAAACUAGAGCAAAUGUAGAUAAGGUAUUCUUUGAUCUAAUGAGGGAAAUCAGAGCAAAGAAAAUGUCAGAAAACAAAGACAAGAAUGGGAAGAAAAGUGGCAAGAACAAGAAAAGUUUUAAAGAAAGAUGUUGUUUACUGUGAUCCUUAGGACCUGUAAAUAUCUACAGAUGGAAUGAAUAAGACUUACUACUAAGGAUAUAGGGCUGGAUUCAUGAAAGGAAAUUUGUAUUGAUUCCCUUAUGAUAUUUGUAUUCACUUAUCGCCUUUUUAAAAUGAAAAAAUGUAAUUUGUGAACCAUUAGUCAACCGAAAUAUGAGCCCAUGUACACUGAAAUGGACUCACCUUGCCAGCAACUUUCAAAGCUAGAAUUUUACCAGCAAAUAUGGUUCUUUGGGCAUUUUAUUUCUGUCUGAUUGCAGGAAAUAAUCUCAUGUCAAUUUCAAAGUAGUGGCUUCUUGCUGUCUUCUCAAAUCUGAUCUCCCCCACCCACC